AUGGUCAAGUUCUUAAAACCAAACAAGGCCGUUAUCCUCCUACAGGGCCGCUUCGCCGGCAGGAAGGCGGUGAUUGUCCGAUCCUUCGAUGACGGCACACGCGACCGCCCUUACGGCCACUGCCUGGUCUCUGGCAUAUCCAAGUACCCAGCGAAGGUGAUCAAGAAAGACUCUGCGAAGAAGACAGCGAAGAAUUCACGAGUGAAGGCGUUUAUGAAGGUGGUGAACUACAGCCAUUUGAUGCCUACGAGAUACACACUGGAUGUGGAUUUGAAGGAUGUGGUGAGUCCUGAUUCGUUGGUGACAAAGGACAAGAAGGUUACGGCUGCCAAAGAAAUCAAGAAGAGGUUUGAGGAGAGAUUCAAGACUGGGAAGAACCGAUGGUUCUUUUCCAAGCUCAGGUUUUGAAAUGAAAAUUGGGAUUUUUUUUUUUUUGGUAUGUUGUGAUUUAAGUUACUCUCUGUCUUUGGAUUUAAAGAGAUUUUGUUAGUUGAUUGAAAACCUAAUUUCUUUGGAUUUAAUUGCUGUAAAUGCAAACGAUAUUAUGAUUCAUGAAACCAAAUUGAUGGGGUUUUCACGUA